AUGCGGGGCUCGGGGCCCCCGGGUGCGGGACGCCGGAGGCCCCCGGGCGGCGGCGACGGCGACACCCCCAGCACCCCUGCAUCUCUGGCCGGCUGCUAUGCCGCACCUCGCAGGGCCCCCCUCUGGACGUGCCUUCUUCUGUGCGCCGCGCUUCGGACCCUCCUGGCCAGCCCCAGCAACGAAGUGAAUUUAUUGGAUUCACGUACUGUCAUGGGGGACUUGGGAUGGAUUGCUUUUCCAAAAAAUGGGUGGGAAGAGAUUGGUGAAGUUGAUGAAAAUUAUGCCCCUAUCCACACAUACCAAGUAUGCAAAGUUAUGGAACAGAAUCAGAAUAACUGGCUUUUGACCAGUUGGAUUUCCAAUGAAGGUGCUUCCAGAAUCUUUAUAGAACUCAAGUUUACUCUGCGGGACUGCAACAGUCUUCCUGGAGGACUGGGAACCUGUAAGGAAACCUUUAACAUGUAUUACUUUGAAUCAGAUGAUGAGAAUGGGAGAAACAUCAAGGAAAACCAAUACAUCAAAAUUGAUACCAUUGCUGCCGAUGAAAGCUUUACGGAGCUUGAUCUUGGUGACCGGGUUAUGAAACUGAAUACAGAGGUCAGAGAUGUAGGACCUCUAAGCAAAAAGGGAUUUUAUCUUGCUUUCCAAGAUGUGGGUGCUUGCAUUGCUUUGGUUUCUGUGCGUGUGUACUAUAAAAAAUGCCCUUCUGUGGUAAGACACUUGGCUGUGUUCCCCGACACAAUCACUGGAGCUGAUUCUUCGCAAUUGCUUGAAGUGUCGGGCUCCUGUGUCAACCAUUCUGUGACAGAUGAACCACCCAAAAUGCACUGCAGUGCUGAAGGGGAGUGGCUGGUGCCCAUCGGGAAAUGCAUGUGCAAGGCAGGAUAUGAAGAGAAAAAUGGCACCUGUCAAGUGUGCAGACCUGGGUUCUUCAAAGCCUCACCUCACAACCAGAGCUGCAGCAAAUGUCCACCUCACAGUUAUACCCAUGAGGAAGCUUCAACCUCUUGUGUCUGUGAAAAGGAUUAUUUCAGGAGGGAGUCUGAUCCACCCACAAUGGCAUGCACAAGACCCCCCUCAGCUCCUCGGAAUGCCAUCUCAAAUGUUAAUGAAACUAGUGUCUUUCUGGAAUGGAUUCCUCCUGCUGACACUGGUGGAAGGAAAGAUGUAUCAUAUUAUAUUGCAUGCAAGAAGUGCAACUCCCAUGCAGGUGUGUGUGAGGAGUGUGGCGGUCAUGUCAGGUACCUCCCCCGGCAAAUCGGCCUGAAAAACACCUCUGUCAUGAUGGUGGAUCUGCUCGCUCACACAAACUAUACCUUUGAGAUUGAGGCAGUGAAUGGAGUGUCCGACUUGAGCCCAGGAGCCCGGCAGUAUGUGUCUGUAAAUGUAACCACAAAUCAAGCAGCUCCCUCUCCAGUCACCAAUGUGAAAAAGGGGAAGAUUGCAAAAAACAGCAUCUCUUUGUCUUGGCAAGAGCCAGAUCGUCCGAAUGGAAUCAUCUUGGAGUAUGAAAUCAAAUAUUUUGAAAAGGACCAAGAAACCAGCUAUACAAUUAUCAAGUCUAAAGAGACAACUGUAACUGCAGAGGGCUUGAAACCAGCUUCAGUGUAUGUCUUCCAAAUUCGGGCACGCACAGCAGCAGGCUAUGGUGUUUUCAGUCGAAGAUUUGAGUUUGAAACCAUCCCAGUGUUUGAAGCAUCCAGCGAUCAAAGCCAGAUCCCUAUAAUUGCUGUGUCUGUGGCAGUGGGAGUCAUUUUGUUGGCAGUAGUUCUCGGCUUCCUCCUCAGUGGAAGUUGCUGCGAGUGUGGCUGUGGAAGGGCUUCUUCCCUGUGCGCUGUUGCCCAUCCAAGCCUAAUAUGGAGGUGUGGUUACAGCAAAGCAAAACAGGAUCCAGAAGAGGAAAAGAUGCAUUUUCAUAAUGGGCACAUUAAACUGCCAGGAGUAAGAACUUAUAUUGAUCCACACACCUAUGAGGAUCCCAAUCAAGCUGUCCAUGAAUUUGCCAAGGAGAUAGAAGCUUCAUGCAUCACCAUUGAAAGAGUUAUUGGAGCAGGUGAAUUUGGUGAAGUUUGUAGUGGACGUUUGAAACUUCCAGGAAAAAGAGAAUUACCUGUGGCAAUCAAAACCCUGAAAGUAGGCUACACAGAAAAGCAACGCCGAGAUUUCCUGGGUGAAGCAAGUAUCAUGGGGCAGUUUGAUCAUCCUAACAUCAUUCACUUAGAAGGUGUUGUGACCAAAAGCAAACCAGUGAUGAUAGUGACAGAGUACAUGGAAAAUGGAUCUUUAGAUACAUUUUUAAAGAAAAACGACGGGCAAUUCACCGUGAUUCAGCUUGUUGGCAUGCUGAGAGGCAUCGCUGCAGGAAUGAAGUACCUUUCCGACAUGGGCUACGUGCAUAGAGACCUUGCUGCCAGAAACAUCUUAAUCAACAGUAACCUUGUGUGCAAAGUGUCUGACUUUGGACUUUCCAGGGUGCUGGAAGAUGAUCCUGAGGCAGCCUACACCACGAGGGGAGGCAAAAUUCCAAUCAGAUGGACUGCCCCAGAAGCUAUAGCUUUCCGAAAGUUUACCUCUGCCAGUGAUGUCUGGAGCUAUGGAAUCGUGAUGUGGGAGGUUGUGUCUUAUGGGGAGAGACCCUACUGGGAGAUGACCAAUCAAGACGUGAUUAAAGCAGUAGAGGAAGGCUACCGUCUGCCAAGCCCCAUGGACUGUCCUGCUGCUCUCUAUCAGUUAAUGCUGGAUUGCUGGCAGAAGGACCGAAAUAGCAGGCCCAAGUUUGAUGAGAUCGUCAACAUGUUGGAUAAGCUGAUACGUAACCCAAGUAGCUUGAAGACGCUGGUUAAUGCAUCCAGCAGGGUAUCUAAUUUGUUGGCAGAACAUGGCCCACCGGGAUCUGGGGCCUACAGAUCAGUAGGUGAAUGGCUAGAAGCAAUCAAAAUGGGCCGGUAUACAGAGAUUUUCAUGGAAAAUGGAUACAGUUCAAUGGACGCUGUGGCUCAGGUGACCUUGGAGGAUUUGAGACGGCUUGGAGUGACUCUUGUCGGUCACCAGAAGAAGAUCAUGAACAGCCUUCAAGAAAUGAAGGUGCAGCUGGUAAAUGGGAUGGUGCCAUUGUAA